AUGGAAAAAUUGCAUAUUGUGAGUUGGAAUGUAAAUGGUUGGAAGAAAAGUUGUGAAAUAAUAAAAAAAAAUGGAAUGAGCAUAGAAAGCUUUUUAGAAAAGUUAGAUAUAGAUAUAUUAUGUCUACAAGAAACAAAAACUAAUGAUGAUGUUAUUGAAUAUGAACCAAAUGUGUUAAAUGCACAUUCAGAUAAAUAUGAAACAUAUUGGAAUUGUUGUAUAAAAAAGGAAAAUAGUAAUAAAGGAAAUAAAGGAUAUUCAGGACUAGCUAUUUUUGUAAAUAAAAAAAUAAAAACAAUUUGUUCAUCACGUAAUCCUUUUAAAAAUUUUUUUUUUUCUAUAAAAGAUAUGUCAAAAUAUUCAUUUUUUGUGGGAAAAAAAUAUCAGAUAGACAAAUCAGCUAUUUCAUUUUAUUUACCAAAUGAUACUAAAUAUAUUAGCAAUUUAAAUGAACUUGAAAAUAAUGUAAAUAAUUUUUUUGGAGAAGGAAGAUUAUUAAUAACUGUUCAUAAACAAUUUAUUCUUGUUAAUACUUAUAUUCCAUAUUCAGGAUAUAAAUAUGAAAGAUUAGAUUAUAAAAUGAUGUUUUUGCAUAUAUUAAGAGCUAAAUUAAUUCAACUUAGAAUAAGUACAGGUUUGCCAAUAAUAUUGGUUGGUGACUUUAAUAUAUCGUUUCGAAAUUUGGAUGUACAUUUUCUUAGCAAUUAUAUAAAUUUACAUGACUUGUUAAUAAAAAUUGAUAAUUUUAACUUAAAAGAAAAUAUAAAAAAUAAAAUUCGUAAUGCUUUACCUAUUAUCAUAAAAACUUUGGAAAAUACAGAAAAUUUUAUUAUCAAAAAACAAAAAAAUACACAAAACAUUGAAUCAUAUCAUUUAUUUUUAAGUUUUAAUGGUAAUGUUAAAAAGGUGGGUUCAAAUUUUACAUCUCCUGAAGAAAUAUAUUUCCUUUUUUCUCUAGACCCAAUUUAUGUAGAUGAUAAAUAUAGUCAUCUUCCAAAGGAAUAUUAUUUUUAUUUAGAUAACGAUUUUAGUGAGUUAGAUAUUCAAACUGAUAGUAGAGAAUCAAACAUGUCAAAUAUCAUGAGUAAUGCUGAAAAAAAUAAUUUGAAAAUUAAUUUAAAAAUAGAUGCUGAAAAAAAUAACAUUGUCUUUUUUCCAAAUGAGGGAGAUAUAAAUAAUAAUAUAAGAAAUAAAAUUUUGAAUAGCAAAAAAAUAUUAUGUAAAUAUGAAUUUAAACAUUGUACCAUUAAUAAUAAAUAUCUUGUUAAAAAAAAAAAUGGAAUAUAUUUAAAAUGUUUAAAUGAUAUAUUUGUAUCUUUAGAUAUUAUUCUCACAAAAGAAAAUUUAAUAAAUAUCGGAAAUAAUAUUGGUUAUACAUCUCCAGAAUGUUGUAACGAUUUUAUAAAUACAUUAAUAGAUGAAGACAAUAUGAUCGAACUAUUUUCUUAUUUAUAUCCAGAUAUGAAUGGAAAAUUUACAUGUUGGGAUACAUAUAAACAGAAUAGACUAACAAAUGAGGGUUCUAGAAUCGAUUAUAUAUUUAUUGACAAUAUUUUAUUUGAAAUGUUUAUAAAAAAAUAUAAUUAUUUAUAUGAUUCUCCAAUAAUUUUAACUAAAGAAUUACAAGAAUUAUUAAAGUGUGUAAAAAGUGAAAAAGAUGUUACUUUAAAUAUAUAUGAUGAUAAAAAUGGGAAAAAAAAAAUACAAAAUAUAGAUUAUGAUAAUGCAUUAAAUAAAUUAAGCAGCAAUAUUGAUAUACUAAACUCUAUCACUUUUAAUAAAUUAUAUGCUAAUUAUUUUAACAAUGUUAAAAGGAAAAUAAAACAAAUCAAACCAGGAAAAAAUAAUAAAAAUGAUAAAAAUGAUAAAGGUAACAAUGAUAAAGAUGAAGAUAAAGAUAAAGAUGAAGAUAAAGAUGAUAGAGAACUUUUUGAGUUUCAAUUUAAAAUUAUAAGUUAUAUUGGAUUUAUUUAUACAUUCCCUAAACUAAGUGAUCAUAUAGCAGUUAAUUGUACUUUUUAUUUUGAAACUGAUGAAAAUGAACAAGAAAAUAGAAAAAAAUUCCAAAUAUGUUGUUCAUAUUAUGGUAUAUCUCUUAACAAAAUAUGUACAACUAUUUACCAAUACACUAAAUAUUUACCAUUGUUUUUAAUAUCGCCACAACUUUUUUCUGUAUCUUCUUCUAAAUUGUUAAAUUGUGUUCAUAUGCAUAAUAAAAAUUGUUACAAUAUGAUUGAAACACAACCACAUAAAAAAACAAAAAAAAUUACACAAUAUUUUCAAAUUCAAAAAAAAAAAUCAUAA